CUCUGAGCAGAAGCCUCUCUCUCUCUUCCGUGAAUGGACUCCCAUCUCUCCGAGAAUCUUUUUUUGUUUAGUGGAGGGUAAAGAUCUCAGCUGAUUCACCACGUUUCAUUUGACUUUACUUCUCCUCCUCGUUCUGCUCCUGCCACCGAGAAAAGUUGGCUCCUGUGACUCUGCUGUUUCGACCAUGAACUUCUCUCGGACUUAAGGGGUUUCCAGAUCAGAAGGAAAGCGCCGUGAACGGCCGAUGGGUGAAAAACCGAGCCUGGGAGCAAAAGAGAAGAAGCCGUUCAUUCAGUGAGAGAAAGACUUUCGAGGAUUUAGAGGGUGAUUUGGGUUUUGGGUGAGCCGUACAUAGGCGGGGAGACAGAUCCGAUUUAAAAAUAGCUGACCUUUGUCCCAGUUUUGUCCCCUGGACAACGAUGGGUUCAGACGUCCGCGACCUGAACUCCCUGCUGCCCCCGCUCCCGGCCUGCCCCAGCCCCGGCUGCCCGGCACUGCCCGUCAGCACGACCCCCCAGUGGGCCCCUGUCCUGGACUUCCACACCGCCGCCUCCCCGUACUCCUCCCUGGCCGCCCCGCAUGCCUCCCUGGGGCCACACUCCUUCAUCAAGCAAGAGCCCAGCUGGGGGACCGCCGGCGACCCCCACCACCACGACACCGACCCCCACUGUGGCCUGAGCGCCUUCACCGUCCACUUCUCCGGCCAGUUUACCGGCACCGGGGCCUGCAGGUACGGGGCCUUCGGGGCACCGCCGCCCCCGACUCAGCCACCGUCCGUGACCGCCCCGCACCACCACCAGCCCCCCAGCAGGAUGUUCAGCAACCCACCGUACCUGACCAACUGCAUGGACACACAGCAGGCGGCACGCAACCAGACAGGCUACAGCGCGGUCGCAUUCGAUGGAGCCGGUAAUUACGGUCACACUCCUACACACCACAGCUCGCAGUUCUCCAACCAUUCCUUCAAGCACGAAGACGCUUUAACCCAGCAAAGCACCAUGGCGGAGCAGCAGUACCCGGUACCUCCACCUGUCUAUGGAUGCCACACGCCUUCAGACAGCUGCACAGGCAGCCAGGCUCUGCUGCUGAGAAACCCAUACAACAGCAGAGAAAAUGUUUAUGAAAUGACCUCUCAGUUGGAGUGUGUGACAUGGAAACCUGUCAAUACACUGGCGUCCACCAUGAAGAGCCACGCGGCGGGCUACGACAGCGACCCCAGCACCCCCAUGCUGUACAGCUGCAGCACACAGUACCGCAUACACACACACGGAGUCUUCAGGGGCCUACAGGAUGUGCGGCGGGUGCCCAGCAUUGCUCCGGCCAUAGUGCGGUCAGAGAGCAGUGAGAAGCGUCCGUUCAUGUGUGCCUACCCAGGAUGCAACAAGCGAUACUUCAAGCUGUCUCACCUGCAGAUGCACAGUCGCAAACACACAGGGGAGAAACCCUACCAGUGUGAGUUCACAGACUGUGGCCGGAGGUUUUCUCGCUCUGACCAGCUCAAACGACACCAGAGGAGACACACAGGAGUUAAACCCUUCCAAUGCGAGACGUGUCAGAGAAAGUUCUCUCGGUCUGACCACCUUAAGACACACACCCGGACUCAUACAGGUAAAACAAGCGAGAAGCCGUUUAACUGCCGGUGGCCGAACUGUCAGAAGAAGUUUGCCCGGAGCGAUGAGUUGGUGCGACACCACAACAUGCACCAGAGGAACCUCACCAAGCUCCAGCUGGCCAUCUGAGUCUUCUGUCACAGUUCAAAAUGUAAACACCUGGGUUACAUCUGCUUCUAUUUUCUGUCUGUGGUUAAUUCAAACCUUGUGACCCCAUUUGCUCCCAAGAAAUUAGCCUGUGUGGGAACCAGUGUCGUCCUAUUAGAAAGUUAAUAGUCGUUAAGAACUAGAUACCACAAUCUACACUAUAAACAUAAACAUUCUUGACGCAUAAAAAAAUAUGUGGAUUGGAAACAGUCUGUAUUCGUCCAGGGUGUGAGAUUUAAAGGAUACGGCUAGCAUACUUUUGUUUUUGCUAACAAAUCCCAUUACAAGACCAAAACCCAAAAUAUGUUCGGUCGUGUUCAGACAGACAUUAGCACUGUGUGAUAGCCACGGCCCCCUCAGUCAGUUGACUGGGAUCACUGUGUUAAUGUAGCAGGGGUCCCAACGGAGAGGGCUCCAGCCAAAAGUGCAGGUUUGCUGUUAAAAAAGUUGAACCUGACUCGGCUUUUGCCGCAAUUCAACGCAUUUGGUGAGGUGCUGUGUUGGCCAAGCAUAUACACACUGCUUACCUUACCUUAAAAUAGUUCUGGUCUGUUUUGUUUUAUUUUAUUUUAUAUUAUUGUUUCAGGAUAGUCCCAUUGAGAUUUAAAAUCUCUUCUAUGAGGGUCUCUUGCAAAGACGGCAGCAUAAAAGCACAAAUAACAGACUAAAGAUAAACAGCAAAUUAUAUGAACCAAUAAAUGAGCAGUGUCGUUCAGCACCAGGACAAGUACAUUCAGUAUAAUAAGUUGUAAAAUACUCAUCGUCUCACCGAUCCCAAAAACAACACUCCCAGAAUGCUGAAUCUGCUCCUACUAAUAAUGUAAAUCUAAUAAAAAAACGAUUUUUUGAAAGGCCUAAUCAUUAGUUUUCAGCAAAUGUUACUCAAACAGGUGUAAAUAGUACAUUUGUUUGGGACUAUUUUUCAUCUGCAGACAUGCUGCAGUAAUUGGGUUUGAGUCAAAAUCAAUGAUAGGGCCCAUGUUCAUUGUAAGGAAGGAACGUUUCACCCAGUGCAACUGAGGGCUCAUUGCUUAUAAUAGUUUUUAACAGUUGAGGGCUACUGCAUUGAGGUUUGUUCGGCUCAUUUUCUGUAACCAGUGUUGCAUUAAAGCGUGGUGGAAUUAGCAAGCAAGCUAACUAGCAAGCUGUCUGCUAGUUAGCUUGCUUGCUAACUAGCAGACAGCCUCACCUCAGUGAGUCCGCGACAUGCCUUAAGUCUGUUUAGUUUAUACAGAAGUUAGCCGGCUACAGCGGUCGCAGUGGCAGCGGUACACAUAAGAAAGGCCGCUAAUGUGACCAACUAUUCUGCUCCUAUUUUAUUUCCAUGGAUUUGGAUUCAAAUAAACUGAUUAUCACCAGAUUUAUCCUUAAAAGAAACUGUUCCUCAUUUUGAAUUAUCUUUUCAUAAAAUCUGUCAGAACAACUGAAAAAGCAUAAUUUCACCGGAGUUUUUUUCAACAAGCAAAAAAAAAUGCUGUGUUACGGAGAUCAUGUUUCCAUCUAUCACUAUAAUGUAAUAUUUAAUUCAUCCCCAGUUAUUGACUGUUUUCUUACCAGCAUGUGUACAGUGAGGUCAAAGGUCAGAUAUGCCCGUACAGUUUAGCGCCUUUCUGCUGUAAAUAUCUCUAUGUAUUGAACUACUUUGGGAAGGCUUAUUUAUUAUCUUUUUGUAGACAAAAACUGCUCUCACUCACUGGAAUGAUUUAAAGGGAGCGAGGUGCCACUCAGUCUCUUUGCUGUGCUAGUUCUCACACUCUCACCAUAAAGGAUAAUACUGGCUUUGAUUUAAAGCAAUCAAAUUAAGUGAAUAACUUGCCUCGAACAACCCAUGCAGUGUUUGCAAUGCAAGCUUUUGGUGUUUUGUCUGGUCGGCAUAAAAUAUAUACUUAAAUACGCUCUGUAUUUAAAAAAGCUUAUCUUUUUUGUUUUUGAGUAAUGUGAGGAUUUCUUUUUACAGGCAGCGCUCUUGGGAGCCUCUUGUCUCUGCGGUGUGUAAAUAUUGCUGGACUUUGGCAGUGUUUUAGACUCUAAAAUAUGUCUGUUUGGUCACACUGGCUCUGUGGCCGGGACAUUAUGGUCGAGAUGUAAAUAAUACUUCUUCAACGUGGGAACUGAACUCUUUCCAUGGAGGGAAAAUAUGUAACUUAACUGAUAUGUUUUAGACUUGUCUUUGGAUGGAUCCAGGAAGUGUUUAUACUUUUCAGUUCUUCUGUGUCUCAUGUGUAUUAAUAUUUGAGUCAUCAAACAGCAAAUGUCAGUGAAACAUUUUGUACUCAAUAGUGUGAGAUAAUUGAACAUGAUGGUUUCUCUCUGUUUAAAUGUAUUGUGACUGUUUUGAUACAGUA